AUGAAACUUCUAAGUUCCUUGAUUUUUGUUUUAACAUCCAAAUUUUCAGAAUUUUCUAGUCAACCAGAAAGAAACAUCUUGACAAACAGUGAAAUUGAAGAUAUUUCUAUAAUUACCGAAAUUACAUUAGAUAUUAUUGGCGUGUACUUUAUCAACAGAGGAACUGAAUUCGAUAUUUUUAUUUUCAAAGAUUCACAAUCGAAAAAGACAGAAGAAAUCCUUAAUGGAAUUAUUGGUCACAGCAAUGAAAGAUUCAAGAUUGAAAUCUACAAUUACUUUGAAUCAUCAUGCUCAAAUCAACCUAUUCUACGUCCUAUAAUUAUUUUUAUCGACACACUACAAAGCUUAAUUUGCUUUAGUAAGAAAUUUAAAAUUACAAAGCAUCAAAGUCAAUUCAAUAAUUUUGUAUUUAUUGAGGAAUCAUUAGUCUCUAAAGUUCAAAAGUUUCAGUCAAAAACGAAUAGAUUGAACUUGUUCUCAUCAUCAAUAUUUAUGCAUACAAAUUUUAUAGUCAACUAUUCAGACACGAUUAAUUUAUCAAGUUUCGAAUGGUUUACAUCAAUGUUCUGUAAUAUUCCAAGCCUACUUCCUAUUAAUAUAUAUCACAAAAGUUUGAAACAAUGGAGUGAACCUUUAAUAUUCUCAAAAAAUUUCGUCAACUUUCAAGGUUGUGAAUUAGUUCUAAUGAUGCCAGUUCUUCGUAGUACAAUAGACUCAAAUAUUUGGGGACAUUCAGUUGCUUUUGGCUCUACAUACAAAUAUGUUGGGAUCAUACCAAAAAUCUUUGAAAUAGCAUCAAAAGUUUAUAAUUUUAAGGACCAAUACCAACCAGUAAACCCUCGCUAUGAAUCAAGUUUUAUCAGUGAUCCAAUUCCCGAUAACUUUGAUAUUAUUAUAAUCAAUGGAACUUAUCGAGAACCAAAUGUUUGUAUUGAAUUUAUUGAUAUGGGACUUAUUCCUCAAUUCCUUUUUAUUCGUCAUACAGUUCCAUUUGUGGAACUAUCUAGAAUAUUUUUGGUAACUCCCGGCGAACUUUACACAUCAUAUGAGAGUUUGCUUCUUCCGUUUGACUUUACAAUUUGGAUCUUGUUCAUUGCAACUACUUAUAUAGUCUUCGUCAUAACUUUUUUUAACAACAAAUUGUCAAAAAUAGUUGAAGACUUUAUCUAUGGAACAUCGGCUUUUAAAGUGUUAAGAAUAGUUUUUGGAGUUCCUCAAACUCAAACUCCAAACGGAAACUUCUCAAGACAAAUUAUGAUUUUCUUCACAUUCUUCUGCCUAAUUAUUCGAGCAUGUUUUCAAAGCAAGGUAUUCCAAAUCAUGACUAGUGAUCAGAGGCACCCGUCACCAAGCACAAUUCAAGAUUUAAUCGAUAGACGAUACUCUUUUUAUAGCUCUUAUUAUGAUAAAGACUUUGAGUUUUUGGAAACUGAAUACAAUAUCAGUGUCAUUGAGACCCGGUUGGAGAUGUUCAUUAGAUUAUAUGAAACUCAAGCAGAAAAUGCAUCAGCAAAAGUGGCAUUAGAAGUAACUGAUGCAUAUCAUAACUAUGCAACUGAAAAACUAGGAAGAAAAUUUGAUAACUGGAUGCAACUGAAAAAUUUUGUACUAUCAACUUCUCAUGGUGGUUUUGGAAUGCUCUUUAAUUCGUUUUAUUUUGAUAUGAUUGACGAAACUGUAAACAAUCUUAUAGAGUCAGGAAUCAUGAAACUAAUUUAUGAGUCUUAUAUUAAACAGACAGUAAAGAAAAAGAUUUCUAGAGUGAUGUGUAAAGUUAUUGGUUUUGAGGAUCUUCAAAUUUACUUUAUUAUGUGGAGUGGAUUUUGCUGUGUCUCUAUUUUGUGUUUCAUUAUUGAAGUUUUGAUGAGGAGAGAAUCAAAAUCACAUACUGAAGAAUUAUUGGUGACUGAAACUUAACUAAGAUUAUGAACUUCUAUGGAAGCUAGCAGCUUUAUGAACAGUCUUUGAAAUAUUUUGGCACAAAUCUACUCAUCAAGC